UCAGGUGGAAAGACGGGUCUGUUUACCGAGUCGCCGUAUUGCUUUACAUUGACUUUUUGGCAAACAUAAUAUUCAAACAAUAACAAUAAAAAGUCAAUUGAAAUGUCUACCUGUCUGAAUUGGAAGUUGAAACGUUGUGGACGACUUAUUCCAGGCUCCACCAAGAAUGAAUCCUGGAAAAUAUUUGAAGCAAAAAAGAAGGAGCCUAAAAUUAUCGCCACAAUCCUGGACUCUGGAUGCUUGAUGAUCUUGCAGGGAGAUGAAUGCUUGGAGAAAAUUCCUUUGAUUAAUGCCGGCGAUGUUCUCAAAGUCCACCAGAAAUCAGACAGCCUGGUGCUUCGCAAUACAGUGGAGGAAUCGGGCUGUGUGAUCAGGAUGCAGUUUGAUGGCAGGAGCAGGGCGCAGGCCGUCAAAAUAUGCUCAAGUGCCGCAGAAAGACUGCGGGAGUAUCUGCCUGUCAACACUCUCGAAGACGCCCUGCCGCCAAAUAAUCAGCCACCCACCGAUGUCCUUACGCCAGUGACACAGCCGUGUCCGCAGCAGGGUGAGGCGGCUGGAGCCGAACCAGAGGUUGUCCAUGGAUCGCUGUCCAUCAAGCGUCUUGUCCAGAACCUCAUGGGAGAGACGCCCCUGACGCUGCCUGCGCUGUACCAUCACGUAUCUUCAGAACCCGAAGACCUGGACGCCUUCGUGCGCCUUUGUCUGUUGGAUCCCAGCUUCCCCGCUUUGGUGGAGCAGGUGGAAGGCAAGCUGAGGAAAAUACUCGAAGAGUGAAUCAUCGUUGACAACUGAAGGGAGAGAAGAGGUCAAGUCAGCGCUGGGCUUUUUUGUUUGUUUGCUGUUUUUCCCACGCCGUUCCCUACGUAGGAGUUCACUCGCGUUGCGCUGCCAAUGUCAACAGCAUUGUGGUUGCGCAUUAACACUUAGGAUAUUUCAGAUAGUUGAUUAGAGUAAGAGAGAUUUAACGGGCGCAUUUUUGUUUUUUUUAUUCAGAAAAAAAAUAUUGGUCU